GUCUGGAGUCGAGUACCAGCGUACUCGACCGCGUUUUGUGAGCUCCUGUCGGAGCAGUGGGAGGAGUGCAGGAUCUUGCUUCAGUGUACGAUGGGGAGCUGGGGUCGUUCCCGUGGGCAGAAGUACACGGUGUGCAGCAAGUGUCAGAAUUGGGUCUACGACUGGCGGCUUCGCAAGCAAGGCGGCUGCUGCGGGAAGUGCGGGACGCAGCUACAGACGCAGCUGGAGGAGUGUCCAGGGCGCAGUGACGGCCGCGACGUCCAGCGCCCCGACGCCAUGGCGGCUCCGGACGAGUUGCUUACGAAGCUGUGCGAGCGCUUCCCCGCGAACUCGCAGAUCAUCCUGGCCAUGCAGGCGGAGUUGGCCAAGCCGCCCGAGCCGCCUCCGAAGCCCGCUGUGGUGCUGGCGCCGGCUGACCGCUACAAGCAGGCCACGGAGGAGCAGACCAAGGCCAAGAAGGCCGUCGAAAAGCAGAUCGAGAAGGUGGUGGCGAUGCAGGCCAAGCUCAGCCGCAUGGAGGAGAAGCUCGAGGAGCUCAGCGCGGCGCAUCUGUCGGCCAACAUGGAGGUUGAGCUGGCAGCCGAGACCGUCGCGCAGACCACCAAGGCGCCUGCAGAGGCCGCUGCGCCUGCGCCGCCCCAGCCCAUGGUGUUCGCGAUCGACUCCGAGCUGUUCGAGUACCUGGAGGAGGCCGACGAGGAGUUCCGUACUGGGUUCACGGAGCUUCAGGGAGCUACGGACCAGUGGCACAAGCAGCAGGACGAGGCCUACAAGCAGAUCGAGGCGGACAGGCUGGCGCGCGAGCAAGCCAGGCUGGCGCAGGAGCAGGCUUUCGCGGCCUCGCAGGCGACGGUGUGCGACAUCCAUGGGGCCAAGGUGGCGGCUCUCAAAGAGAAGGGGGCGGCCCUCCUCCGGCUGGCGCGGACCCGCUCCUUCAAGAAGCGGCGCGCGGGGGAAGGAGCGGCCGUCGAUGGCGCCCCUGCCGAGGAACGAGCUCCUGCUGCCGCUGCGGGCGCCGAAAAGGGCAAGGAGGAGCCAAGGCCUGGCCCCGGGACCGCUGCGCCAGGCGGAGGGGCUGCCGGGCCAUCUGCCGACCGGCUGGCCCAGCACAAGCGUGAACUCGCCGUGGCGAAGGACAAGGCUGCGCUUGCCUAUGCCGAGAAGCAGGGGCAGAACGGCGUCACGAAGGGGGCUGCGAGCACUCCAGCGGCGCAGCGCUACAUGGUUGAGCAUGCGACGGAGUAUGCGGUGGUGGGCUGCGCGGAGACGCACCUCUCGGACGCGAAGCACGUGGAGGCUGUUCGGAGUCUCGCGAAGGACGGCUGGAAGGCCUCAGGCGCCCCUGCUUGGGCCUCGGUCCGGUCAGAGACGGGGACCAGGGGUGGCGAGCUGGUGGCGUCGCGGGUCGACAUCGCAGCCACGACCUUCUCGCACCUCCGAGGCGCGACGAGUGGUGGUGGCGACGACCCGCUGCUGGGCUUCGCGCCGCUGGUCCUCCACAUGAAGCAGGGGAACUUGGUGGUGGUGAUGUCCUACAUGUUCCCUGGGCUCGGCGUGCGUGGGGCGAACCGCUGCAGGUUUGCGGCACUGGGGGCCUUCUUGAUGGGGCUGGCGGACCCGUGGGUGGUGCUCGCCGACUGGAAUCUUUCGCCCAAGGAGAUGGCGGAGACGUCCUUUCCCGGCAAGGUCGGGGGAGAGCUCCUGCUCCCGCAGGGCACGGAGGCCACCUGCUUCAAGGGCAGCGGCAGCCUCAUCGACUUCGGCUUGGUCUCCGAGGGGCUUUCGACCCAGGUUGAGCUGACCGCGGUCCUGGACGUGCCGUGGCGGGUCCACUGCGGGCUCAGCCUGCAGAUCAAGCGAGGAGCGCGGCAGUGGCGCCGACGGCAGCUGGCGAUUCCGCUGCCCCUCCCUUCGCCGCCGAGGCCAACGCGUGCGGCGGACCCCGACAGCAAGUCGUCGAAGCGCAAGGCCGCGAGCCUGGCGCGGAGGCGUGACAGGCUGUCUGGUGGCCUGCAGGAGGCGUUCGUGGACCUGCAGCUGGCUGCGGAGGUGGAGCAGCUGAACCGCCUCGAAGAGGAGGCGGCCGCCGCGGCAGCGCCGGCCUUGGAGACGCUGGUGGACUACGACGACGAGGGCCCUGGAGAGCAGUUCUUCGGGGAGGGGGAGAUGUCCGGCGCUGGUGCGGUGACGUUAACCCGGCCGGAGGCGCGGCAGGGGCAGCAGGACGACGGGGCGGUGGUCAUCGAGCUGGCUUCGCGACACGAUGCCAAGAGUGCGGAGGUCGAGCCGGUGUUCUUCGUCUCAGCCGAGGCCUGGGCUGCAGCAGCCCCUUCGGAGUUUGAAGUUGGCAGGUACAGCUCCACGGCGAUGGGUGAGCUCGAGUCGCACCGCCUUGUGCAGCAGGCGGGUCAGGGUGACGUUGCGGUCAGCCGCAUGUACGCGGAAUGGGUCUCCAAGCUGGAAGUGGUUCUGCUGGGCGCCAACGGGUGCCACGAUGCGGCGGCGAGGCGGCCGUACUGUGGGCGGGCCAACGGCUACGACUUCAGGAGCGCCAGGCUGCGGGCUGCGCCUGGGCGCGCCCACCUCAAGCACCAGGCGUCGGAGCACUGGAGCGUCAUCCUUGCGCUCCUGCGGCAGUUGGCGCUGCUGCGCGGCAGCGGCAAGGCGGAGGAGCAGCGGCAGCGCUGUUUCACCUUGCUAUUGCGUGAGGUGGAUCGCAUCAUGUUGGAUUGCGCCGAGCAUUUCAACCGCGGGGUCAACGCGGAGGUGCACGAGGCCUGGGCCCUGAUGAUGAGGGGUGCGGACGUGAUUCCCUUGAGCGAGCUGGAGGUGAUGGUGGGAGUCACCGAGCGCUUCUUCUCCGCCAGCCAGGCCCGCUCGCUGGCGAAGAGCCGCCGCGAUUUCGGGGCUUGGGCUCGAACGGUGUGGAAGCAGAGCCCAGGUGUCCUCCAUCGGCACGUUCGCGACCCUGGCCCUGAGACGUCGGAGCUGGUGGUGGGCGGCCGCACCAUCGCAGAGCCUGGUCAGGUCAUGUCGAGGAAGGCGCAGCGCUGGGGCGGCCUCUGGCGCGCUCCAGUCGACUCCUGGGACGAUCUGAUGGCAGCCCUUCAG